UUGCAGCCACGAGCACCCUGGCGUGGUCCCCCCACGGCGGCUGCGCUGUGCUGGUCGACGACGCGUCCGUCAUCAACGACGACUCCCACCUGGGCCAGGCCGCGUCCAGAGGUAACCCGCAGCGCCGCCACCGGGGUCAUCGCGGUCGCCAGGGGGCUUCCCAGUGGCGUCCUCAUGGCCCUGCCCUCGUGUAUGAGGUCCUGGGGGAGAUGCCCUGGCCGCCCGAGGACCCCCCCGGCUCGCCCUCCCCCUCCCGGCCCCUGCAGAGUCGCCGCAUGCGUAGGAGUGUUUCGCAUGAUGAGUUAGAGUCCCAGCCUUCCCCCCCACCCCCCAGCAUGGACCUGGACUCACCCCCUCCCCUCGCUCCUUCCUCCCCCUCCUCCCCCCCUCCUCCCUCCUCCUCCUCCUCCUCUGCUCCUCCCUCCCCCUCCCCUGUACUCACCCCCGGCAACCAGCCUCACAGCACGACCCUGACUCACUCUCUUCCCGAUGCCUCCCCCCCCGCUGACUCACCCCCCUCGUCUACUAACUUCCGUGACUCACAUGAAUCCCCGACAUUUGCCGACUCAAAUCCCGACGUCUCCCCCUCCCUCCCCUCCCCAGACUCCCCCCCGGACUCCCCCUCCCACACAGAUUUUCCUCCUUCAGAUCGCGAAGCCAAUCGGCACGAGGAGGCCCCCACCUCCUCCGCCGCCUCCUCCUCCUCCUCCUCGCUCUCCUCCCCCCUCCACGUCCCCCUCGCACCCCCUGACCCCCUGACCCCGAGCAUGGCUGGGGGGGGGCGGGGGCGGGGGGCGAAGGAGAACAAGCAGGAGAUGAUCGCGUGCAAUCCUCGGGAUCUGAGAGAAGGCCCGAGGAGCAGCUUCCGCACGCAGUCCCCGGAUUAGUUAAAGUGGAAUUCGUCUCGAGGGAAGCGGGCGGCGUCGAGCACAAA